AUGUCCGGGAUCACCGUUAAUUACGCUUGUAAUGACUGUCUAACAUCAGCGCAGCAGCUCAACUCCACGGAAAUGUACACGCACUCGCACACUGAUGAAGAAGAUGAACUUCUCAAGUACAUUUGGAGAGAAUAUUUGCAUCCCAAACAAUAUGAAUGGGUGCUCAUUGCUGGAUAUAUCAUAGUUUUUCUCGUAUCUUUGAUCGGAAACACAUUGGUUUGUUUUGCAGUUUGUAAAAAUCAUCACAUGCGUACAGUGACCAACUACUUCAUUGUUAACCUGUCCUUCGCUGACAUCCUGGUCACGAUCACAUGUCUUCCAGCAAGUCUUGUGGUGGACAUCACAGAAACCUGGUUCUUCGGACAGACCCUGUGUAAGAUACUACCUUACUUACAGACAAUCUCUGUGUCCGUAUCGGUUCUGACUCUGAGCUGCAUCGCUCAGGACCGCUGGUACGCUAUCUGCCACCCCCUGAAGUUCAAGAGCACAGCCAAAAGAGCCCGCAAGAGUAUCGUCCUGAUCUGGAUGGUUUCCUGCGUGAUCAUGAUUCCCCAAGCCAUAGUGAUGGAGUGCAGCAGUCUGCUGCCGGAGCUCACCAACAAAACCAGUCUCUUCACUGUGUGUGAUGAACAGUGGGCAGAUGAAAUCUACCCCAAAGUCUACCAUACUUGCUUCUUUAUAGUCACAUAUUUUGCUCCAUUAUGUUUGAUGGUGCUGGCAUACAUUCAGAUCUGUCAUAAACUCUGGUGUCAACAGAUUCCUGGGACAUCAUCAGUGCUUCAGAGAAAAUGGAAGUCGCUGCAGUGUUCUGCUCAGGCUGCAGGCUCCGGAGAAUCGGUUAAGGUCAGAACCAGCACCGUGUCAGCUGAGAUCAAACAGGUGAAAGCCCGACGGAAGACAGCACGCAUGCUGAUGGUGGUGCUGUUUGUCUUCGCCCUCUGUUACCUGCCCAUCAGUGUGCUUAACAUCAUGAAGAGAGUAUUUGGCGCAUUUAAGAACACAGACAAUCGGGAGACCGUAUACGCCUGGUUCACCUUCUCACACUGGCUCAUAUAUGCUAACAGUGCUGCCAACCCAAUUAUCUACAAUUUCCUCAGUGGUAAAUUUCGAGAGGAGUUUAAAGCUGCGUUCAUCUGUCAUUGCUCCAGUAGAGAUGAGCUGCACAAUGAGAGAGUUCGAGCGAGAACCAGCACAGAUAGCCGCAAAUCCCUGUCUACACAAGUCAACAAUUUUGACAACAUCUCGAGGAUAUCUGACCAGGCGGUGUAGCUCCAUUGCCUGCAGGGAGUGCUGGGUUAAAACUACAGGGUGCCACUUCAGUGCUCACCGAUUAGAAGACAGAACACGGACGUGUCAUGUGCUUCAACCUUGGAGACUAAAAUGAUGGAAGAACAGACCUAUUAGCCUCAGUGAAUUACACACUUUUUGAAAAUGACUUUGUGUCUAGAAUAAGAGAACACAAGCCCUCAUGGAAUUGAAAUUUUUAUCCUCUGAGUCAAGGGUUAUUUUUCAGCUCGCCUCUUCAUUUGUGGUGCUGCAACAGGUGAUGAACCCUGUAAUCCCAAUGGAUGAUGUGCAUGAAAAUGAUGGCGUGUUUUGAAACACACUGUUGAGUCAAACAUGUUGAGUCUGUAUUCUUCAACAUGACAUGGGAAGGAAACAGCAACAAUUCGAUUCCUGAGCUGUGUGCUUUGCAUAAAAUUGCCACCAAUAUUUUAUUUUAAGGAUGCAAAAAAGAUUUGAAAGGUUAUUUGUGUCAUUUUUUUUAAAGUUCGAUGUCCCCAACCAGCUGAACACAGCAACAGUUGGGGGUGGGUCUAUAGUUUGGUUGAUGAAUACAAUUGGUGGGAAUGUUUGGAAAACCUGAGAAACAUAAUUUUUUUGUAUAAUUAUUUUUGUGGUGCCGCUAUAGUGGCUCUGAAACUUGCACAAUGCAUGCUUCAACUUAUUAACAAAACAAUGACAUUGUAUAUAAAUAUUAAGAUAUUAAAGGCUACUUCAUGCAGCUCCAGGAAAUACAAAAACAUUUUGGGUAUUUGUUUUCACCGACUGAAAAUAUUCAGUGUCGGGUUGUGGCAUUUUUAAUUAAUCUAUAGUAUGAUUUUCCAACAAACUCCAACAAAUCCUGAAGUAGACUUGAUUGUGAAUUGUUACCAUGACUAUAUGGUAAACGCCCCUCCCCAUCUCCAUAGAAACACAAGUGUGUUGGUGGAGCAGAAACAAUAAUAUAUACAUAUACAGUACAUGGCUGUCACAGUUAAUCACAGUGAAUGUUAAAAAUAAACAUUUUAACACAUUCAGUCACUUUUUAUGGAAAGAAACAAUAAUUGGUUCAACAAUUUGUGUGGAUGUGUCUCAUA